AUUGAACGAGUCGACUUGGCUGACGGCAACCGGCUCAGGAAGCAAGCAGCCCCGCCCCUCGCGCCUCGCGCUCCCACCUAAAGUGCGCAAACGGAGGAGCGGACUGCAAGGCGACAGACGCUCGCUGCAGCCCGACAGCCAGACAGCGCAUGGAUCGGAAUCAUCAGCAUCAUUGGAGGGAGACAUUUGGGCCAGUGGCGUCAAACUCUGAGCCGAAUGGUCGCCAAGGCCUUCACGUCCACUUCGGGAGAGACUAAACGAGAAAGCCAGCCCAUCGCCAGCGUCCAUUGAGGGCUUGUCAUCUGAAUGGAAAUAUGGACGCCUUCCACGGAGGCUUUUUGACUCAACAUGUCCAGAAGCUAUGAGCCGGGCCACUCAGUAGGGAUGUUGGCGGCCGUGGAACACGGUCCCAUCCUGUGCAGCGACUCCAACAUCCUGUGCCUGUCGUGGAAGGGCCGCGUGCCCAAGAGCGAGAAGGACAAGCCUGUGUGCCGCCGGCGCUACUACGAGGAAGGAUGGCUCGCCACCGGCAACGGCCGCGGCGUGGUGGGCGUCACCUUCACCUCUAGUCACUGCCGCAGGGACAGGAGCACCCCGCAGAGGAUCAACUUCAACCUCAGGGGACACAACAGCGAAGUUGUGCUGGUGCGUUGGAAUGAACCGUUCCAGAAGUUGGCCACGUGCGAUAUGGAGGGAGGAAUUUUUGUGUGGAUUCAAUAUGAGGGCAGAUGGUCUGUGGAGCUGGUCAACGACAGAGGAGCCCAAGUCAGCGACUUCACGUGGUCCCAUGACGGAACUCAAGCUCUCAUCGCCUACCGCGACGGUUUUGUGCUGGUGGGCUCGGUUAGCGGUCAGCGGCACUGGUCUUCGGAGAUCAACCUGGAGAGCCAGAUCACGUGCGGCAUUUGGACACCAGACGACCAGCAGGUGUUGUUCGGGACGGCCGACGGCCAGGUGAUCGUGAUGGACUGCCACGGCCGGAUGCUGGCCCACGUGCUGCUGCACGAAUCAGACGGCAUCGUGGGCAUGUCCUGGAACUGCCCUGACUUCCUGGUGGAGGACAGCACCGAGAGCGAUACCGACUCCGACGACAACUUCCUGCCUUUAGUGCGGCGAGUCAAGCCUUUGUUGACGGUCACCUUCUUAUCGGGGGAAAUCAGCUUGAUGAACAACUACGAUGACCUGUCCCCUGCCCUCAUUCGCUCGGGCUUAAAAGAUGUGGAGGCGCAGUGGUGUUCCCAGGGCGAUCUCUUGGCAGUGGCCGGCAUGGAGAGACACGGGCUGCCUUCCGACGCUGGCUUGACCAGGAACGCUCUGGUGAAGUUCUACAACGUGCAAGGGGAACACAUCUACACUCUUGAAACGCCUGCACAGCGACCCAUCACCACCAUCUGCUGGGGUCACCGGGACUCGCGGCUGUUUCUGGCCUGUGGUCCCGCCCUGUACGUGGUGCGCGUGGAGCACCGCGUGGCCAGCCUGCAGCUGUUGUGCCAACAGGGCAUUGCCAGCGCCCUACGGGAGGAGAAGGACGUGGGCAAGCUCAACAUGCCCUCGCUGCUCUGCUCCUACGUCACCACGGCCUUCAUCCCCACCAUCAAGCCCCCAAUUCCGGACCCCAACAACAUCCGAGACUUUGUCAGCUACCCCACGACGGGCAACGAGCGGCUGCACUGCACCAUGAAGCGGGCGGAGGACAGCCCCGAGGCGGGCGGCCCGUGCUACACUCUGUACCUGGAGUACCUGGGAGGGCUGGUGCCCAUCCUGAAGGGCCGGCGCAUCAGCAAAUUGAGGCCCGAGUUUGUCAUCAUGGACCCUAAAACUGACAGCAAAGCGGAGGAGGUGUGCGUCAACCCCAUGAUCUCGUACGCUGACAGCUGCAACUGCUCCGACUCGAGUGAUGUGGAGUUGAGCGAUGAAUGGGUUGGGAAGAAGUCACCCAAGUUUUCCAGGGGAAACAGAAUGAACUUGGAAGUGCGCAAAUCUCCAAAACUGUCCCGCGCCCACCAGGAGGGCCAGCGGUCCCCUCGGUUGCCAUCCAAGAAGCCGCUGGUUCGAUCACCCAGCCUGACACGCCGGGAGUUUUCCAUGGACGGACUCACCGAGCACAAUUACUUGGCUCAGGUUACAUCCAACAUUUGGGGGACCAAGUUCAAAAUUGUGGGACUGGCUUCGUUUUUGCCUGCCAAUCUUGGCGCAGUCAUCUACAAGACAAGUCUGCUUCAUUUGCAACCGCGGCAGAUGACCAUUUACCUGCCGGAGGUGCGCAAGAUAUCGCAUGACUUCAUGAGCCUGCCUGUGUUUAACCCCAACGUGUUCAGCGAGGAUGAGGAUGACUUACCAGUGAUGGGCACAUCGUCAGGAGACAACCCGCCCUGCACAGUCAACAUUCCCAUCGCUCCCAUCCACAGCCCGGCUCAGGCCAUGUCCCCCACUCAGAGCAUCGGCCUGGUCCAGUCUCUCCUGGCCAAUCAGAACAUUCAACUCGAUGUUCUCACCAAUCCCGCGACUAGCGCAGCGGCGGCUGCCGCAUCUGUCUCCGUCCCCGUUUCUGACCACAGCCAGACUGCCGCACCGUAUCCCGUUCCGGCCAGAUACCCAAAUCCCGGGCAGGUGAUCUUCAAUAGGCUGGAGAUGGGUCCGCUUCUACCUGGUACGCUACCUCCCCCGCCACCGCCUCAUCAUCCCCCACCGCAGCCGCGGCCUCAGCCGCCUCGCCAACAGCAGCUGCAGUCCAGGCAGCAGCCGCAACCCUCGCAGGCCCAGCAGCAGCAACGGCAUCAUCUUCAACAGCUUCACCACCAACAGCAUCCGCAUCAGCAGCAGCACCAAGUCCAGCAGCAUCAACAGAUGCCGCAGAAUCCACCACCGGUGGCGGGGAACCACCAGUUUCAGCAGCAGCAACAGAUCCAGCAGCAGCAGCAUCAAAUGCAGAUGCAGCAUGAACAAAUGCAACAGCAGCAGCAGCAGAUGCAGCACCAGCAGCAGCAGAUCCGUCAGCAGAUUCAGGAGAUGAGACAGCAACAGCAAAAGCUCCAGCAGCAGCACCAGCAGAUCCAGCAGCAGCAUCAGCAAAUGCAAAGGCAGCACCAGCAAAUGCAGCAGCAGCUGAAGAUGCAAAUGACGCUGCCCCCGGCGCCCAGCGGCUACCCCACCAUUUCCCUACAGCAGAUACAUCUCCUGCAUCCACUCCCUCUGCCGCCAACCACCGAGCCCGGAGUGGACCGGGAGCACGUGUUGAAGCCAAGCCUGCCUCGGACUUUACCCCCUUCUUUUAGUACCAGAGAUGGUGGUUCUGUGGAGAUUCAGGUGAGGAAGGUGAAUCCUCCUCCUCCGUACCCGGGUACGGUGGCAUCAGCGGCAGCCACGGUGGAAGCGACGGCUCAAACACUGGUCACGGACUGUGACAGCCCAAGCAUCCUGGCUCCGGAUACCUGCCUGAAGAAGGACGACUUUUUGCUUCAGCCGGUGACCAUACAGUACCCGACACCUCUCGGGUAUGAAAGGAUCACCACGUUCGACAGCAGCGGCAACGUGGAGGAAGUCUGCCGCCCCCGGAGGCGCCUCGUCCGCAACCAAAAUGCGUACACUGCCCAUGGCUCGGCCACGCUGAAGGUAACCUCCUCUGAGAAUGAAAAGAUUCACCUUCCCUACAGCUCAGCAACACUCAGCCGUCUGUCAGUCCCACGGUACUCCAUACCAAGUGGCGACCCGCCCCCUUAUCCCGAUCCGGCCAAUCAAGUCCCAGCUAGCCUCACUCCUCCGCCACAGAGAUUGGAAAGCAGUCUGAUUCAUGCCACUCUGCGCCGCGACCGCCGCGACAUGACGCUCAAAGUUCCCUCCAUGAUGGACACCUCCAGGACGCUUCCCACCAAGGCCAAGAUGAACAGCGCGUUGGGUUUGACCUACCAGCAGAGGUUGCCCACAGCGUUGUACACAUGCACGCAGUGCAGCAGCAACAGCAGCAGCACCAGCGUUAGUGUCAGCGGAGGUGGGACAUCCAGUAGCGGCAUUGCCGGUGGAACAGUGGUCAGGCAGGACUUCCCCCCAGGCAAAGGAGCACACCACAGCACAAUCAUUGUCCACUCCAAAAGCCCCUCCCAAUCAUCCUACAGCCUCCUGGGUUCCACGGACACAAGCCGGGACAGAACCGUGUACGUCAACUCCGCCUUCACAGAGGACGAGACACUGAGCCAGCACUGUCACCUGGACAAGCCCGUCCGGCAGAUGACCCUCGGUGACGUCGGCCUCAUCGCAAAACGUCCUCCACCUUACCAGUGGGACGCCUCAGCCGCAGAGGAGUUCUGGCUCGCCCCAGAACAAACCAUGCUGGUCCCGCCGCCGCCUCCUCACAAACCGCCUCCUCUCAUCCUCGGCCAGGCCCAGCACUUAGAUGUGACACGGCUCCCGUUUGUCCUUACAACUAAGCCCCCAUCCAGUCCCAGCACGAGCACCCUCACCUUCCCAUCAGGCUACCAGAUAUCUCUUUCUCCCUUCCCUCCCGGUGUGGGCCACAGUAGACCUCCCAUGCAGACCUUACAGAACCCCCCACCGCAGUGUGCUCCACGCGAAGUGGUUCUACCUGUUCCAUUUGCCCAACAGGACUCCAAUUUGGUUUUAUCGACAGGGUACUCCACAAGUCUGGCUAACUUGGCGUGCUGCACCCUUCCCCCAAUGUACCCGGGGGCCAGCUCCUGCGCCGGACUUCAGUUGCACGCUGUCAACUUGCAUCCGUGGAACCCAUACCCUUGCCCGCCACCCAGGCAGGACCCUCCUGCACCUCCUCUUCCAACCAAAACUCAUCAGAUAUUAGAGAAGCCGAUUCUGUCACCACCCCCUCCGACUGCACCACCACCGCCACCCCCUCUGCCCCCUCCGCCGCCACCCUCCGAGUUACCCUCCUCUAAAUGUGUCACAGAAGAUCUGGCAGAGUCUGGGAACAGCUUUCCGGAGCCACCAUCUCUCAACGAAAGUCCUGUCACGCAGGAGUCAGACCGCUUCAACAAAAAAAGUCGCAAGAGACUGGACAGCCGAGCCGAGGAGGCCAACAUGUCCUCGGUGUCCAGAAAAGAUGGUCGCGCGCUGUCUGAUUUCAACUCUCUGAUUGCCAGCCCGCGACUGGGCAGCAGAGAAAAGAAGAAGCCCAAGGGACCCCGGGAGCAACUCAACAGAACCAAGAAGAUGAGCCGGGCUGCCAACGAAUUCCAGGACAGCUCAGAGAGUGAGCCAGAGCUUUUUAUCAGCGGCGACGAAUUGAUGAACCAGAACCAGAAUAGCAAGAAGAGCUGGAAGAACAAGCGUAGCCUUCGUAUGGCCAGCGAGCUGGAGGAAAUUAAGUGCCGCAAGGCCAACGAACGUGAGGACCGUAGUUUAGGCAGCCAGGGCUUCGUCUACGUGAUGGCCAACAAGCAGCCUCUGUGGAAUGAAGCCACGCAGGUCUACCAGCUGGACUUUGGAGGACGGGUCACACAGGAGUCUGCUAAGAACUUCCAGAUUGAGCUUGACGGCCGACAGGUGAUGCAGUUCGGACGCAUUGAUGGGAACGCCUACAUCCUGGAUUUCCAGUAUCCCUUCUCGGCGGUCCAGGCGUUUGCCGUGGCCUUGGCCAAUGUGACUCAACGACUUAAGUGAACUUUUGUUGUUGUUGUUUUAAUGACGCUGACACAUCCUACCAGUAUCUGUUGCACCAUUUCGGGCCAUUUAGCAUAAUGUUACAUGGUCACACUUAUGACAUGAGCACUUUGAUGAAUGUUCGAAAUAUUCUAUUAAAACAAGUCUGAGCCUCCCACAAAUAAGCUACAUUUAAACUAACCCCAAUUAUAAGGUGGAAUUAUAUUUAGGUCAACUACAGUAUUACAAAUUCCAUACUGAGAUGCAAUGGCAUUAUUUGGGAUAUAAGAAAAUGUAGUCUUAUCAAAUAUAUUUCUACUUUUUUUUCGUUUUGUUUACCUAUUUUUCCACACACUAUGAUGACUGUAUUGAUGAAUGUCAGAAGUUUUUUUUUUUUUCAUUGUACUUCUAUGAAGUGGUGCAUAUAUUAUUAAUCUUUAAUCCCAGUCCAGCCUCUGACACCAACUUCAACAAUCAACACGAAAUUUGAUAGAUGUGUUUAUCGUAACAGAACAAAUAGAAAAGUGUCAAGGACGUUAAUUUGAAUCAUUUUUAACCAUUCAUACAGGACGUUUUUGCAAAAACCAAGAAGUGGCUUUGUGUUGUGACGCUACUUGAAAUAUUCUAUUGGAAUGUGUCAGUCAGUGCUAAUUGUGUGCUACCACCUGCAAAAAAAAAAAAAAAAAUUACUCGCUGCAGUUUUUUUUCCCCAAGUGCAGUGUUCCCCCUCUAUUCACCCCCCGGCACCCUCAAAGGUAAUGCCAAUGGAUGCCACAACAUGGCAGCAAAGCACUUUUUUUCUACAAUGUUAGAAAUAAGAAUCUGUGACGAGAUGAAUAUGUGGCGGAACACUGUACACUUUUUACGCAUAGAUUUAUACUUUUGCAUUGAUAAAGGUUUAUUGAAGAUGUCAGCAUAGAAACAUUGCAACAGGAUUUAACAUCAGAUAAUCGUGCAUUUUCAAGACCAACUGUUAGAUCUGGUGCUAAUGUACACAAAAACUACUUUGCUCACGAUCGCUUAAAAUUGCCUUUAAUGUCAUGCUGCUCUCGAGUUUUUUUGUGACUUCGUGUGUGUCAGUGAUCUGCAAUAUUCAUUUAUGAUAUAUUGUUAAGUUUUCUUUCUCCUAUUAAUUUGUGUUUAAAAAAGCAAAUAUGAGAUGUGACAAUAGAUUUAACUUUGAAAUGGACUCAAUAGCUGGAUAAAAUAUUAUAAGUAAAUAGGUAAAUUAAAGAUUUAUU